AUGAGACAUUAAUCAAAUGGAUAAAAAAUAUUUAUUGAAGGAUCAAACCUUUUGUUAACAGAUGAUUCAAUUCAUUCAUUUAGACCAAGAUUCUCAAAAUAUAAGAAUUUUUAUACAAAAAAACCAAUCUUUGAAUAUCAUUAUGUGACUCCAACAUAAAAACAUGCAAAAGAAAUUCUUGAUAAAAUAUGUUAUGUGAAUAAAAAGGCUUUGAUUAAUGAAAGACCAGAAUCAUCAUUUUAAAAAAGAAAAGAUUUUUCUAUUGAUUAAUGUUUAACUACAAGAGGAUCAACAUAGCGAAAAUAUAUUAGAAUUAAAUCAAUAAACAGAUCUAAUAUUUAAAACAAAUUAUCAGAUUAAGAUUGGUUAGCAUUUAUAUUGGAUUGA